GUCCUCAUCGUCUUCCUUCACUUCGCACAGUCCAGACCUCUCUACUGCGGCCCCGACCUCUUCACCAUAAUCGACCUCUGUAUCCUUCUUUCACUCUUCACGCGCACGCGCUUAGACUAACCCGAUCGGUUUUCAGAUCGAAGACCGGUACCGGAAUUUCAUCUUCAAUCCAGGAAACGGGUUCAAGCAUGGAUUCGUAUACACUUAAGUCCAUGGCAGACUUGCCGGCUCCUUUUCGAGCAUGUUUUAAUUUUAGGUAUUUCAACUCUUUGCAGAGUGAAUGCUUUCCUGCAUGUUUCCACUCAGAUGUGAACAUGGUUGUGUCAGCGCCAACUGGAAGUGGUAAAACAGUCAUUUUUGAGCUUUGCAUUUUGAGGCUUCUUUCAAGAUUCAUCUCUGAGGAUGGGAGGUUUACACCUACAAAUGGAACUCUCAAAACAAUCUAUAUUGCCCCAUCAAAGGCUUUAGUUCAGGAGAAGGUUCGUGAUUGGACCCAGAAGUUUGGAUCUCGGGGCAUAGUUUGCUUGGAGCUCACCGGAGAUAAUGAAUCUUACAACACCAGGAGUUUACAGGAAGCAGACAUUAUUUUAACCACUCCUGAGAAAUUUGAUGCUGUAACGCGGUAUCGCGUAAAGGAUGGUGGAUUGGGCUUUUUCAGCGAUAUUGCACUUCUACUUAUUGAUGAAGUUCAUCUGUUGAAUGAUCCUCGUGGAGCAGUUUUGGAAGCCAUAGUUAGCAGAAUAAAAAUGCUUGCUUACAACCCUGAAAUGAAGUCAAGCGCUCUGGCUCAUGUUCGUUUUCUAGCUGUGUCUGCCACCAUUCCAAAUAUUGAAGACCUUGCGGAGUGGCUCAAGGUGCCUGUCCAAGGGAUUAAAAGGUUUGGAGAAGAAAUGAGGCCUGUAAAGCUGACUACAAAAGUUUUUGGCUACGCCCCAGCAAAAAAUGAUUUUCUAUUUGAAAAGCGCCUUCAAAACUAUAUUUUCGAUAUCCUUAUGCAAUAUUCAAGAGGGAAGUCCGCUCUAAUUUUUUGCUCAACUAGAAAAGGUGCACAAGAAGCAGCACAGAUACUUUCUCAGACAGUCAUGGCCUUUGGUCAUUCAAAUCCAUUCAUUAAAAGCAGAGAACAGCAAGAGAGGCUAAGGGAAGCUUCAUUGUCAUGCAGUGACAAACAAAUGCAAUCUUAUAUGAUUUAUGGUGUUGGUUAUCACAACGGUGGCCUUUGCCUCAAGGAUCGCAAUCUCAUUGAAAGUCUUUUUCUUAAGGGUGAUGUUCAAAUUCUGUGCACAACAAAUACUCUUGCUCAUGGAAUCAACCUACCAGCACAUACAGUAGUCAUAAAAUCAACACAGCACUUCAACAAAGAAAAAGGAGUCUACAUGGAAAUUGACCGAUCUACACUGCUACAGAUGUGUGGGAGGGCAGGUCGCCCACCUUUUGAUGAUACAGGAAUGGUUAUAAUCAUGACAAGAAGAGAUACGGUUCACUUGUAUGAGAAUCUCUUGAAUGGAUGUGAGAUGGUGGAAUCACAAUUGCUUUCAUGUUUGACGGAGCAUUUAACUGCAGAGAUAGUUCAACUGACUGUCUCUGACAUUACAAGGGCAAUUGAAUGGAUGAAGUGCUCUUUCUUGUAUGUGAGAAUGAAGAAGAAUCCCGGACACUAUGCAGUUAGAAAAGUGAUUUCCAAUGAUCGUAUAGAAAAGCAUAUGCUAGAGGUCUGUGUACAGAAAGUUAAUGAGUUGUCGCAGCAUCAGAUGAUAUGGACUGAUGAAGAUGGUUUUCUGUUGAAACCACUAGAACCUGGGAGGCUGAUGACGAAGUACUACUUGAAAUUUGACACAAUGAAAUACAUUAUUCAGACACAUGCAAACUGCAGCUUGGAAGAUGCGCUUCAUGUGAUAUGCCGUGCUGAGGAAAUUUCAUGGAUACAGCUCAGGCGCAAUGAGAAAAAGCUUCUAAAUGACAUAAACACUGAUAAAGAUGGUCGACUUCGCUUUCACAUUCUUGGUGAUAAAGGGAAGCGAAAAAAGCGUAUUCAAACCAGAGAAGAAAAGAUAUUUCUUUUGGCUAAUGACUGCUUGACUGGUGAUCCAUCGGUUCAUGAUUUAUCCCUUACCCAGGAUAUGAACUCCAUAUGCUCAAAUGGCUGUAGAAUUGCCAGAUGCAUGAAAGAAUUUUUUAUUUACCAAAAGAAUUACAAAGGAGCCUUGAACUCGAUGCUUUUGGCAAAGUCUAUGUAUCAGAAACUCUGGGAUGACAGUCCAUACUUGCUGAAACAAUUACCAGGGAUUGGAAUGGUGACUGCGAAGGCACUACAUUCGAUGGGAGUUAAAUCAUUUGAGACACUAGCUGAGGCUGAUCCUAGGAGAAUUGAGAUAGUCACUGGUCGAAAAUACCCAUAUGGGAACCACAUAAAAGAGUCUCUACUGUCUCUACCUCCAAAUGUUGAGUUGAAAGUUGAGGAAACUGAAUGCCGGGGGCAAGGGAAACUGAAGCUAGCGGUGACACUGACUAGGCUAUCACAGACACUCCAAUCAACAAAACGACAUUAUGCUGAUAUGAUUGUAGGUUCAGAAGAAGAUAACCUGGUUCUCUUUCAUGAGAAAAUAAGAGUUGAUGAAUUCUCGAGCCCCUAUAGCGCAACAGUUCUCCUGUCAAAUCCCCAACAAGGAAAGCUGACUGUUAAGGCUGAUCUUAUAUUUGAAGAAUACAUUGGUAUUGAUCUAAACCAGGAGCUUAUCUUAAUGAAGAAAAGCAAUUUAAGUGCAAAUAACAAACGAGGAAAAAAAGCACCCUCUCUUCCUCUACCUGAGGAAGUAUGUAUCAUAGAAGAUGAUAUUUAUGAAGGCCCAAGUGAAGUGCUUCCAAACUCGACGAAAUCCAAAAGGGUAGAUGGUCCCAUGCCCAGUUUCAAGCUUCUAGAUGAAGACUCUGAAGAAGAUGAGGUUGCCAACAAAGUUCAUGAAGAUGAGAUUGCUGCCAAAUUUCAAACUGAUGACAAAGUUGUGACACAACAAACAGUAUUUGACCACAUACGUGAAAAGGCAAAGAACUUCCCUGUCUUGGUGUCCUCAAAUAGUGUGCUUCCUCCAUCAUCAGAGCCCUUGGAAUUAGCAAGGAAACGUGCUCGUGAGAAGAAGCUUGGACCGGAAAGUGGAGUAGAGGUUCUGGAAGAAUUAGAAUGGAAUAAAGUUCAAAGACGAACUGUGGUCAAUCCAUCUUCAGAACUUAAAGAAGCAGAACAACAUCUUUCUAGUAUCAAAAAUCAUCCAAAUCCCAGAAGCUCAGCUGCCCUGAACGUCAUGGAUGGCAGAGGAGAAACAAUAUUCGAGCACAUACGCACAAAAGCUAAGAAUUUUCCGGUGAUCAAUAAACCAAAUGUGGAGGAGGCUGAGUCUUUAAUCCAGACAAAACAACGCCUAUAUAAGACUGAACCAGAGUUUAGCAUGGAUAUUACUGCCGUGCUGAAAGGAAGAAAACCAAAUGAGGUUAUCAGAGAUACUGAAUGUGAUGGGAGGUUGCUCUCCGGAAGCUCCUGCAACCCUCAUGGAAUAUUGAAUGCUUCUCCCGGAGGUUUAAGCAAUGGAGCCAAUCUCUCAUCAAGUAACAUGCCAUCUUUCGAUAUCUCCAUGUUCAAGAAUCCGAAGCGACCUGCAGAUCCAGCAAGCACUAUGGAGAAUACUAGGAAGAAACAUCAACACUCUCCAAUUGUACCACCAAGGCACUGCUCGUUGACAGCAGCUGGAAAAUCCAGAGAAGUAGAAACAUUUCUUGGGUUUGAGAGUGUGUUUUCCUUUCUCUGAUGUCUCCUGAAUAACCCGAAAAUGCGAGGAUAUCUGCCACUUAUCACAGUCAUGAAUCCCAGCCUUGAUUUCUGACAGCAGGUUGAAUUUUUCCAUGGUUGUUAUGUGCAGCCUGAUGCUGUUUCAGGUUAUAAACUUCAUGUAGGGUAAAUGGAUGGAUGCUUAUUAGGUUAUUACUUAUUGUCUAGUCGUCUAGUUACCACUUUCCUAUAGCCUAUAGGUAAAAGGAAUGUAGCAAGAUAGUGUUAACAAACAUCCCACUUUAUUGUUCUUAUGAAACUGAACUGUAACUUGCGCUAGUAUUGGACACAUACAAUUGAAUCUAGAGCGUCGUUUGUGUCAAACAUAGGACACUUGCGCUAGUAUUGGACACAUACAAUUGAAUCUAGAGCGUCGUUUGUGUCAAACGUAGGACACUAGAAUGAGGAGCCUAUGGCCAGAACUAAGGUGGCAUUACUACCAAAUAACGAAGCCGAUAGACACGUGGCCGGUGGCCACCACGUGUCUCACCCCUGAGCAGGUGUUAAACGAAGAAGUACCUAGCUAGAAUUCCCGGCUGCAUGUUGCUUUAUCUCCUUCUUCUCCCUCAGCUUUCUGCUUCUCUGGUAUCUCUGCCACCUAUAUCUGGGUCCUCUUCCUCACUGACAUCAGGUUCUUGCUCUCUCUCUGUUUUCAUGUUUUUGUAGAGAUGUUUAAUUUGUGGUUGGAUUAACAAAGUGAUAAGUGAAACAAUUAAUGAACGCACAUUGAAACAAUGUAAAAUAAUCUACAUCAAUCUAUACAAGUAAUCAAGAGAAGUCUAAGAACUGCUAGAUUACUCUAAAAUAUGAUCUACAAAGAUCAUGUUAGUUCUAGAAUGUUCAUGUAAUUAACCAAAUGUAGAUGUAUCUAGAAUAUGGUUCACAAUUAUGUGGUUGAUAAUGAACCACUAAACAAGGUCGCUGGUUUAAGUCGGUUAUCAAGCUCAAUGAAUAUGUGAUGCAUGUCCUCUUUUUCAAAGUUAUUGUCCCACUAAACGCCUUUUUCCAAACUCUUCCUCCUAAAACAGUCCUAAAUUUGUAAUCUCACGCACUUUGUCCUAUCCCACUACUACUAAACACUUCACACCAAAUUCCAAUACUGACAAAUUCCAACAAUGAUCUUGUUAUGGAUUAUUCUGCAGGAAUAAUGGGUGCCCCUAAGAUAGGACAUGCUGCAUAUAAAGGUCCAAGUAUAUAUACUCACGGAGAUCUUGUUUGCAUGAUUAAAACGUCAUUACCUCUGUAGCUUGCACGGGGCAGCUGCCUCUCUAGCUUGGCCAGUAUACAUGGAUAUCAUUUGCUUGCAUAUUCAUUAGCGUCAGUUACUCGUUAGCCUCGCUAACAUAGGUGUGUGUAUCGUUAGCUAAUUUGUAUUGAUAUCGUUAGCCUCUCUUGCUGGCAUGAAUCUGAGAGCAAUUAUCCUCGCUAGCGGAGAGUGAGUAUCGUUAGCCUCACUGGCAAGUGUGUGGCGUGGGAUAAUUUACGUCAUUAAGCUUGAUUACAGUGCUUAAUCGAUCCUGCCCAACCCAAUUGUAUUAGUUGGGCGGUUGGGCCACUGUUGCCUUCAAACUUGUUCCUCUCAUGAAACAAGUGAGAUCCGAUUUUGGUUUUUUUUUCGCCACUGGCCAUUUUAUUGGUCUACGCUAGUAGCUCAUGGUAGGGUACCAUAUGGUUGUAUGCGGCUCACUAUAUAUGAGAUUGCGUUCACAGCAAUUCAAUUUCACAUGCUAGGUUUCCCACAAAACCUACAUGGUACGUAGCCUACGUAGUAUAUUUCUAGAAGCACACUGCCUCUGUUUUAAUCCGAUUUAAUCCGACCAAGC